CGCCAUGUUAUCGUCGCAUUGUCUCCGGAUACCCGCUACCGCUUUCCCGCCAAAAGCUUUUAUCAGCACCGCGAUGCAGCCGCAGUGCCAUCUAUAUGAACCACACGCUGCUGCUUCUACCGUCUCUAUAAAGUAUUCGCUAGUAGCAUCCUCGGACAUUGUGGUAGACCGGCGGCCGAAGUAUACGCUCACAGUUCCCGUCCGCAGCCAAAGGUGUUUACCAACAACUCUCGCCAUGAACCAGAGUGAAGCGCUGCCGUAUCGCAUCGCCGUCGGGAAGAUUUUCGGCGUGCCGGAGUACCGUUCCGUCCGGUUCGUCGAGGCGUCGUCGCCGCCCAAGCGCUUGGUGUGCGCCGUGUGCCGCGCCGUAUCGGCGACCGAGCCCCGGUACAAGAGCCCCACGUCCGGUGACGUCAUGUGCUGGGAGUGCGCGCAAGACCUGUGCGCCACCGCUCUCGGUGAAGAUCGGGUUGCCGAUUCCGCCGGCGAGCAGUCUUCGGAGUGGCCGAAGCCGUCGCUAGCUUUGCGCGAGCCAGCCGUCGAAGGCGACCUCGACCUCCUCAAUGAUCUCGAGGUCGUAUGUCCCAACGCAGACCUUAACUGCAGUUUUCGAGGCAAGUUCCGCGUUCUUCCGAUUCACCUGUCGUCCACCUGCGCCCACGACUUCAUCGCGUGCCGAGGCUGCGGCGAUCGCGUCCUACACCGCGACUUCUACGAGCACCUCGAGCUGCGCGAUUGUCUCAAGAGGGCAGCGGCAGCAGCCACGGAUGACGGCUUCCAGCUUACUUGGGGACCGUCAUCUCUUCUUUACAUCGAAGCGAACCGAACGCAGAACACGAACGGAGCUAGUAAUUCGAGCGGUGCUGCCGCAGAAAAUUGGACCUUCAUCCGGGAGGUAGGGCCUGACGAAGAGGGUUCGUCUACGACUCCUGUCAGCGGCAAUGGGGUCGCUGCAGCGACUCCGGAAAAGAACGGUGGGCGUAUUUUGAGACUACCGAUCCUUCUUUGGGAAGCGGCGUUCGGGACAAAGGCGAACGUCGCUGACAGACCGGAUGAUGCCGCCGACAGUCCUCCCGUCAUCUUGGAAGCAACGCCCGAUGGCUCGGAGUCGUCGACAAAUGCGAUCAAGAACGGAACGGCCGAACACAACGACCAGUUCGUGAUACUCGAUCAUCCACGAUCGUCGACAAAUCCGAGCGGAAAGGCAGACGUCGAUGACGAUCCCCCUGUUUGGAUACCGACGCCCCUUGGUUUCGAGGCAGUGUUCGGCAAGAGUGCGGAAUGGGACCACUCGAUGAUAGGCGAAUUCCGGAAGGUCCUCUUCCAACGCGGACGUGAAGUGCUCACCGGCAAGCUUCUGGUACGGUUUCCGGAUCGAUCGUCCUACCGGGCAAGAAGCGCUAGUACCGGAACAUUGCUAAUACAAGAGCCGGCAGUAGCAAAUGCACCAGGUGAGAACCGUGGUGAGGACGAGUUGGCGCUGGGUGGCUUCCGGCUCAAGGGGCACGCGACCUUGUUCGAUUAUGACGCCCGCGGUCGUGGGGCAGCGUCGUCGUCCGCGUCUGGAACGGAGCUCGCCACCUUCGAGCUGCUGGCGCGCGAUGCCGGUGACGCUGGAAAGAGCAGCGGUGGCCUCCGCUGGCCGGCCAGGAAGACAGUUGUCCUGACCCUCAACGGCUUUUGUAGCGGCAACAGCAGCCUGACGCUCCGCACUCGCUACUCUGGCGACAUGCCGGACAUCCAAGUCGGAGAAGAGUGGACGAAGGUGGCUGUCACUUACCCUGUCGAUGCGGCGACCGUUUGGAAAGAGUUCGCGGUAUUGGACAUCGUUGAACUAACCGUAGAACUCAGGUGACGCUCUUCUCGCUGCGUUGCCGAAUGUAUUUAAUCUCUUCGCGCGAGGCAUAUACUUGGUUUUCAGCCGUAGGGUACAUUUUAAAUAAAACCUUUUAUUACAAUUCCA